AUGGCCUCUACCACUAUCUUCCCCAAGAGCCAUGUCGGUUUCGACAGCAUCACCUCUCAGAUUGAGCGCAAGCUCUUGAAGCGCGGCUUCCAGUUCAAUGUUAUCUGCGUUGGUCAAACCGGUCUCGGAAAGUCGACUCUUAUCAACACCAUGUUCGCCUCUCACCUUAUCGACUCCAAGGGUCGCAUGCAGCCCGAUGAGAGCGUUCGCACCACCACCGAGAUUGACUCUGUCUCUCACGUCAUUGAGGAGAACGGUGUUCGUUUGAGGCUCAACAUUGUUGACACUCCCGGAUACGGCGAUCUCGUUAACAACGACCGCUGCUGGGACCCCAUUGUCAAGUACAUCAAGGACCAGCACUCCGCCUAUCUCCGAAAGGAGCUUACGGCCCAGCGUGAGCGAUAUAUCCAGGAUACUCGCAUCCACUGCUGCCUCUUCUUCAUCCAGCCUUCGGGUCACUCUCUCAAGCCCAUUGACAUCGUCGUGUUGAAGAAGCUUUCCGAUGUUGUCAACGUUGUCCCGGUCAUUGCCAAGUCCGACAGCUUGACCCUCGAGGAGCGUCUGGAGUUCAAGGAGCGCAUCAAGGAGGAGUUCGCUUUCCACAACCUCAGGAUGUACCCCUACGACAACGAGGAGUUCGAUGACGAGGAGCGUGGCUUGAACACUCAGAUCAAGAGCCUCAUCCCCUUCGCCGUCGUUGGAUCUGAGAAGUCCAUCAUCGUCAACGGCAAGCAGGUUCGGGGUCGCCAGAACCGCUGGGGCGUCAUCAACGUCGAGGACGAGAACCAUUGCGAAUUCGUCUACCUCCGCAACUUCCUUCUCCGCACCCAUCUCCAAGAUCUCAUCGAGACCACGUCUCAGAUCCACUACGAGACCUUCCGCGCUAAGCAGCUUCUCGCCCUCAAGGAGAACUCUGCCCACAGCGCCGCUGGUUCUCGGCCAAUCAGCCCCGCCGCUGACCGUGAGCUUUCUCGCAGCUCGCAACGGAUGACGAUGAACGGAUACUAA